AUGGGUCUUGGUAAGACAGUUCAAGCUAUUGCCACUAUUUGGUUAUUAAUUAAACAAGGACCGUACGGAGGUAGACCGGUUAUUCGACGUUGCCUUAUUGUAACUCCAGGUACACUUGUUCAGAAUUGGUUAAAGGAAUUCUCCAAAUGGUUAGGUCGUGAACAGUUACCCGUGUAUUGUGUAGAUCAAAAUCAUUCUGUUAAAGACUACCUAACAAUGUCCAGUGAUUCACCGCGGGUUAUUCUUAUGUCGUAUGAAAUGUUUCUACAGCAUACUAGUGAAAUCUAUGAAAUUUCCGACUUGGAUAUGGUUGUAUGUGACGAAGGGCAUAGAUUGAAAAAUUCCAAUAUCAAUACAACUAUGGCACUUUGUCGACUACGUGCACGUAGACGUUUACUAUUAACUGGGACUCCAUUACAAAAUCACUUGAAUGAAUUAUGGUCAUUGGCUAAUUUCUGUGUACCAGGACGUUUAACUUCAAGUUUAGAAGAGUUUCGUCGUCAAUUUGUUAUUCCAUUAUUAAAUGGUCGUAACUUAGUACAAAAUGUUAAAAACAAUCUUCACAAUAAUGAUGAUGAUUGUGAUUCUUGGAGUUAUACAGACUAUGAGAAAAAUAGUGAUGAUUUAGAAAGUCCAUCAGCCAAAUUAUUCCGACUAUUGAACAGUUUCUUUUUAAGACGCACAUGUGAUGUCAUUGCACCAAAACUAACUGAUAAAAACUAAUAACUACCGAUGGACUAUUAUGUAAUCACUAUUGUGUCGAAUUUGUAUGCUUUAAUAUGCAAGCUCGGGUUCAUAAGAUAUAAUAAGUAAAUUACUAAUGGAUAGAACGAAAUUUUAUAUUCACUAACCUAGAAGCCAGACUGCUUGUUUUCACACGUAAAGAUUCCCUUCGUGAUUUUUAAUCCCACUUCGUUUUCUUUCUCUUUUUUUGUGCAAAAACUAUAUUACUUACUAAUAUUCAGUAACUUAAUUUAUUUCUAAUCAUUUUUGAACACAUUGCUUAUAUUGUCAAUUGAUGAUGUGUUAGUUCCAAGUAUUUACAUCAAUUUGUGACAUUUAAUUCAUCCAUUAUUGUAAUCGUAUUCUCUCAAGAUUUUUUUAUCUGCAGAGAAUCUCCAUAUUUAGUGUUGCGAGUUCCCCUUUCAAUUUGUUCUGUCAUUUUUGAAUUGGACACAGUGUCACGUUUUUGUGAACUGCUAUUAAAAAGUC